AUGGUGAAAAAACUAUUAAUUAAGGCCUCGAACAGCUAUUCUGAUAACUUUCAGAUUGUUCCUAUCAAUACACUUAUACCUGUUAGAAUUCAGCUGGAAAUUGGUGAUUUCGAAUUGUCUAUUAACAUCAAAAACUUCGAUGGUUCCAAACCUCAUGCCGCUAACAGCUUGUACAAUUUAGGUGACCAAUAUUACCUCGAUAAAACCCCCAUAGAUCCAGAAAAAUUCCAUAAAAAUGAAGUAGAAACGUCUCAGAUUCCUAACUUGACCUUUGAAGUGAACUUUAGACCUAAAUUUCCCGUCAACGGUAAAGAAUUUUCUUUUGGAAAUGAUUUCACAACUCCUAUAAAGGACUACGUGCCAACCACGUUACUUUCCGCAGGCUUGAAAUUUUUCAAUUGGUUUAUUAAUAGCACCGUCAAGGGUGAUGUUUACUGUGACAAACCCUUUUUAUACGGGCCAAUCUUGAAUAGUUGCACCUAUAUGUCCAUUGAUGAAGAUAUGCCAUCGAAACAAUCGGUUUUGGAUACAAGCAGUCAAAAAUUCCCAGAGAAUUUGAACAGCAACGUCGAUAAUAUCUUAAAGAUCCCUGAAUUCUCGUUGGAAAGAAAGAAGUUCUUCAACAAAUUGGUCAAUUGUGAAAACUUUGUAUUUGUUGAGUCUUCUAUGUAUAAGCUUAAGUUUGACACAAAUUUCAUUAAGAUGGCGGACUCAAAAUACUCAGUGAGUUUGCCCACUUAUAACAACAGCACCUUUGAUAUCAAUGUACUGAAGUAUGCCAACGACAAAUUGGACAACUUCAAUUGGAUUAUUAAGAUCGGUGGAUACGAAGGUGUAGGUUACGGGAAGCUCGGGUUGGUAGUAAACUUUUCGUUGGUGGAUGAAUAA